AUGGGCACUGAUGACCAGUGUGCCCCGAUGAUCAGUAUAUCCCCAGUAGUGCCACCUGUCAGUGUCCAUCAGUGCCUUGUGUCAGUGCUCAUCAUGCCUACCAGUGCACAUCAAUGGCACAUUAUCAGUGCCCAUCUGAGCUGCCUUUCAGUGUCACCCAUCAGUGCCGCCUAUCAGUGCCAGUCAGGGCCGCUUAUCAGUGCCAUAUAUAAGUGCUGCCUUUUAGUGCCCAUCAGUGAUGCCUGUCAAUGCCCAUCAGUGCCACCUAUCAGUGUUCAUCACUGCAGCCUAAUUAGCGCACAUCAGUGAAAGAGAAAAAUCACUUAUUUACAAAAUUUUAUAACAAAAACUAAAAAAAAAAACCUUUUUUUUUCAACAUUUU